CGCAAACAAGCCCGGUCGGUUCAUUUGUAACGAGGGUGUAACUCAUUAACAUAUAUCAUUGGCAAGACUACAUAAAUACUGACACUGACGUGCACGGGUAAAGGAGAAGAUCUCUCAACGUAGUCAUCAUGGAGUGGGAGCGAUAUUUUCGGGUCUCUUCCCUUUUGCUGCUUUCUUGGGCCAUUGUCUCCUGUGCGCCUGUUGACAAGAGUUCCGGCAAGGAUUUGACGAAACGUGAAAUAAAUGGACACGCCAUGGCCAAGCGAAGUAGCAGCGGGCAUGACGACAUUGAACUUGUCGAUGACUUGACAGAAAUUGGGAAGCGAUACCUUGACUCUCUUGGAGGAGCGCAAAUCCAUGGUUAUAAGCGCUUUUUUGACCCACUCGCUGACGUAGAUGUGCAAACAAAACGGUAUCUUGACCCCAUUGGUGGAUUUGAGGUACAUGGAUAUAAGAAGCGAUCAGUGAGAGUUGCUGGGAGGACAAAGAGAGACUUGGAUGCCCAUAAUGACUCCAAACCCCAUGGCGAAUUAAAGAGACUCCUCAACAAAGUGAAUGCUGGUAAAUCUCAUGGAGGAUUAAAAAGAGGUUUUGACACACUUGGAGGUGCCCAAAUCCACGAUGGGUUCAAAAGAGGCUUCGAUACUCUUGGAGGUGCCCAAAUUCAUGACGGGUUCAAGAGGGGCUUUGAUACUCUUGGAGGUGCCCAAAUUCAUGACGGGUUCAAGAGGGGCUUUGAUACAUUAGGAGGUGCCCAAAUACAUGAUGGGUUCAAAAGAGGCUUCGACACACUAGGAGGUGCCCAGAUCCAUGAUGGAUUCAAGAGAGGUUUCGACACAUUAGGAGGUGCCCAAAUCCACGAUGGGUUCAAGCGAGGCUUCGACACACUUGGAGAUGCCCAAAUCCAUGAUGGGUUCAAAAGAGGCUUCGACACUCUUGGAGGUGCCCAAAUCCAUGAUGGAUUCAAGCGAGGCUUCGACACACUAGGAGGUGCCCAAAUACACGACGGGUUCAAGCGAGGCUUUGAUACACUUGGAGGUGCCCAGAUCCAUGAUGGGUUCAAGCGAGGCUUUGAUACACUAGGAGAUGCCCAAAUCCACGAUGGGUUCAAAAGAGGCUUCGACACACUAGGAGGUGCCCAAAUCCACGAUGGAUUCAAAAGAGGCUUUGACACACUAGGAGGUGCCCCAAUACACGACGGGUUCAAGCGAGGCUUUGAUACACUUGGAGGUGCCCAAAUCCACGACGGAUUCAAGCGAGGCUUUGACACUCUUGGAGGUGCCCAGAUCCACGAUGGGUUCAAGAGAGGCUUCGACACACUAGGAGGUGCCCAAAUCCACGAUGGAUUCAAAAGAGGUUUCGACACACUUGGAGGUGCCCAAAUCCACGAUGGAUUCAAGAGAGGUUUCGACACUCUAGGAGGUGCCCAAAUUCACGACGGAUUCAAGCGAGGCUUCGACACACUAGGAGGUGCCCAAAUCCACGAUGGAUUCAAGAGAGGCUUCGACACUCUCGGGGGUGCCCAAAUCCACGACGGAUUCAAAAGAGGCUUUGACACACUAGGAGGGGCCCAAAUCCACGACGGAUUUAAAAGAGGCUUCGACACUCUAGGGGGUGCCCAAAUCCACGAUGGAUUCAAGCGAGGCUUCGACACACUUGGAGGUGCCCAAAUCCACGAUGGAUUCAAGCGAGGCUUCGAUACACUUGGUGGCUUCAAUGUGCACAGUUUUAAAAGAGGACUGGACACAUUGGGAGGCUUCAAUGUGCAUGGGUUCAAGAGGAGUGCUGACAAGAAAGAAAAAGACGAAAACGAGGAAUGAACAAUACUAUUGCAAUAACUUACAUGAUGCCCUAUAUUGAAAACAACUGUGACGAUGAAAAGCCAAAUAAAACACAUGCAAAAGCCUAUCAUCACAUAACAGCAUGCAAUAUGAAGUUCUGUCUCUUUGCCUCAUAGAACAAGGACGUCUGUGAAGGAGGCUCCUUCUGACCACAUGGCAGUGAGGUUAUCACAGGAGUGUUUUCUGCAAUACAUUGUACAGUGACUGUGAUACUUGUUUUUGUUUUGAAAUAAUAUAAUAUAUAUUUUACUUGGGAUGAUACAUGUAUUUGUAAUGUUCUUAAAAUAGUCCUUACGACAAACAUAUGGGACUAGAUUUCGAUGUACCCAUGUACUGACUGUAGCCAUCAUUAUGUGUAUACCAGCUUCACACAAAUCACAAAACUUCAGUGAGACUUACUAAUAAUGCGAAAAUACAGUAUGUUGGUGUUUUGUUACUUCUUAUGCGUGACAGCAGAAUAAAAUGCGAUUUUCUUGAA